AUGUAUGACCUCCUCACUGUUCUCAUGAACUAUUUCAACACUGUUCUCAUGUAUGACCUCCUCACUGUUCUCAUGAACUAUUUCAACACUGUUCUCAUGUAUGACCUCCUCACUGUUCUCAUGAACUAUUUCAACACUGUUCUCAUGUAUGACCUCCUCACUGUUCUCAUGAACUAUUUCAACACUGUUCUCAUGUAUGACCUCCUCACUGUUCUCAUGAACUAUUUCAACACUGUUCUCAUAUAUGACCUCCUCACUGUUCUCAUGAACUAUUUCAACUGUUUCAUGUAUGACCUCCUCACUGUUCUCAUGAACUAUUUCAACUGUUCUCAUAUGACCUCCUCACUGUCUUUCAUAAGCGUUUCAAAGUCUCCUUUACUCAUUACUUCAAUCUCAUGCUGUUCACAAUAG